AUGUCUUCAAAAUCAAACAUUUGUCAAAGGUCUCAUCCCACACAACGUGUAUCAAAAGAAACAAAAAAUUAUUCAUGCAUUACUUACCCUGAUGAAGCACUUAAAUACAGUAUAGUUGAUUCGAAACGAUUGUCAAACGUAGAUGAUCGAGGUUUUGGUAUAAUUAAAGAGCUUGGAAAAUCUUAUAAUAUUCGUGUAGAGCAAACUGGUUCACAAGAAUCCAUGGAAAGGUAUGCUCAGUUAUUGGAAAAAGCAAUGCAAUCUAAAAUGCACGAAGAAGUCCCUUCUGAUUGUGAAGAUUGGAGAGCAAAUAAAGAAAAAAGAAAUCAAUUAAAAUCUUUCACAACACCACUCACAACAGCUUCAAAAUCAUCAGGAAAACAAAAUCGAGAAACUCCUACGUCAAAAGAAUUUUCAUUAAAAAAAGUUGCCUUUGGUCACACACCAAUAGUUACUAAUGAAUUAUUUCAAACUUCACCCUUAUCAUUACCAUCUGAAUCUCAUUUGGCUGAUAGUAACGUAAACUUAGAUACACGUGCUCAAGGUCAAAAAGGAUCUGAUCACGAUUUAUCAAGCUCAGAUGAUGACAAAGAUGAAAAUUUUGACUUACGAUCACAUGAUGAUGAAGAUGAUUCGCAAUAUGAUGUAUCAUUGAAUUUUAUACCAUUACCAUCAUCUACAAAUUCAAAAAAACGUAUGUCAAAACAACAAAAAAAAAUACCUAUUGCCAAACGUUUACGUUUUACAUCGGAUCAUAAUAAUGAAAAAGAUGAAGAUCGACAGGCGGAUCAGCAACAAAUAUUAAAUCAUAUCAAACAAGUUAAUGCCAACUUGCUGAAAUUGCAGAAACAACAAGAGCAGGUGGUAGUCAUGUUAGAACGUCAAGAAAAAUUUUUAAAUGCUUUAUCUACAAAUCAAAAAAAAAUUACUAGGAGUUUAAAUCGACAUAAAAUUCCAGUCGUUCUUGAAAAUGAUAAUGAAGAUUCAAAUGUCAAGACUACUGAUUCUACUGAUCCUGAACCAAAAUAUACCAGAAGUGAUGGUGUUGUUAUUGAAUUAUUGAAAACAUAUGGAACAAGAGAAAAUACAGUCAAAUAUGCAUUAAAAUUAAUUGAUUUACUAUUUAUUGAUAAACAAGAUUUACAGAAUGUUGAUUCUAGAAAUAUUGAUGAAGAUCAACGCAUUCAAGCUAUAUAUGGUGCUAUUAGGCAAAAAUUUAAUUAUUCCACGACGGACAUGGCCAUGGUUUGGCCAGCCGUGCAUGAUGCUAUACUCAGUAAGCGUCGUAAUCAGGGAAGAACAUUAAAGUUACAAGCAGCCACAAAUGAAUCCAUUACAAGUACUUCAAGAGAACCAACUCCAAGUCGAAUUAAUAAUGACCAACAGAAGUAA